AUGAAGGACCCAACCCGUCUGCUUGAGUCGUCAGGUAAAGCUGGCGAAGUGCCAAGGAGAACCUUCAGGAUAUUAGUGAUAAUUCACUUCAGCCCUCUUGGUGCUCAACUCCGGUUGGAGGCAAAGGCCACCACAGCAGCCAAAGUCAAGGCCGUGGGAGUGUGGGCUGCAUGGGACCCGUAUGACAUUCUUCCGUGUGAGGAUGUGCAACAACAAGAUGAGGAUCUGUCCGCUGAAGAAAUAAUAUUUUUGAGAGAGUUUCCCAUCAUCAAGGAAGAGCUAGAAGUGGACAUCAGGAAGCUCCAUGCCCUUGCAGACAACAUUGACACAACCCACAGAACAUACACCAAGACCAACAUGGUGGCCACCUCCCUCACUGUGGUCUCGGAUGCCAUGAGCAUGAUGGGUCUGGUCCUUGCUCCAGCAACAGUAGGAGGAAGUCUGGCGCUCUCUGCUGCUGGUAAAGCUUUGGGGACAGCAGUUGGGUUGACCAGCAUCUUCAUCAACAUUAUGGAACACUUUCAAAAUCAAAAAGCCCAAACUCACGCCAGCACCCUAGUGCCCCCCCAUGACCAUGAGGUCAACGAGGCUGAGGGAAAGAAGGUCUUCGACGUCCUGAGUGUCGGAAAGAAGGCCUAUGAUUAUGGAAGUAACAUCAGUGAUGUUAAGAGGAACAUCCAUGCCUUUCAGAUAGCCAGAGCCCACCCGCGUCUGGCCACUGCUGCCAAGCGUCUCCUGACCACUGGCCAAGUCUCAGCCCGGAGGAGCACGCAGUUGCAAAGGGCCUUUAAGGGCACAACAGUGCUGAUGAAGAAAAAUGCUCGCAUGCUGUGUAGUGCUAUGGCUGGCUUCUCCCUCUGCCAGGACGUGGUCACCCUCCUGAGCAACUGGAAGCAACUGAAGGAAGGAGAAGGAAGCAAGAUGGCAGAAGAGCUGAGAGCCCACGCUCGGGAGCUGGAAAGGAAGCUGAUGGAACUCACCCAGCUCUAUGAGAGCCUGCAGCAGUAG